AUGACGAUCAGCUAUCAGUUGCGCUUGAAUAAUAUCAAAUACCCUGACAGCAACACGUACGAGAGCCACGCCAAUUCUAUACUUUUCCUUGUCGACGCGGUUGGGCAGUUGGAUCCAACAUGUAUUUUCCAGCUGGCAACUGCAAAGGGAGUUGCCCUGGCUAUCACUGCACUGGUCGAUGCUAGACUUGACCUGUCGUUCGUAGCGGUGGCCAUACUGUCUGGCCGGGUGCGAACAACAGUAGGUCAAGUCCAGAUGUAUGAACAAGACGACAUAUGUGGUAAAGACCAACACUGCUCAAAUACUGUUGUUGUUGCUGGGUUCUUGACCGGAGGCGGCAAAAAUUUCUUUACUGCAAAACGUUGUUGGAGUUGUGACAACAUCAUCAACUACGAGAUUGUGCUUGCUAGCAGGUGA